AUGAUUGGGAGGGGAUUGGAACGCCUGAAUCACAUGAUUGGGAGGGGAUUGGAACGCCUGAAUCACAUGAUUGGGAGGGGAUUGGAACACCUGAAUCACAUGAUAUGGAGGGGAUUGGAACACCCCCGAAUCACAUGAUAUGGAGGGGAUUGGAACACCCGAAUCACAUGAUUGGGAGGGGAUUGGAACACCCGAAUCACAUGAUUGGGAGGGGAUUGGAACACCCGAAUCACAUGAUAUGGAGGGGAUUGGAACACUUGAAUCACAUGAUAGGGAGGGGAUCGGAACACCUGAAUCCUAUGAUAUGGAGGGGAUUGGAACACCUGAAUCACAUGAUUGGGAGGGGAUUGGAACACCCGAAUCACAUGAUUGGGAGGGGAUUGGAACACCCGAAUCACACAUGAUUGGGAGGGGAUUGGAACACCCGAAUCACAUGAUAUGGAGGGGAUUGGAACACCUGAAUCACAUGAUAGGGAGGGGAUCGGAACACCUGAAUCCUAUGAUAUGGAGGGGAUUGGAACACCUGAAUCACAUGAUUUGGAGGGCUGGCCCAUACUUUUGGCAAUAUAAUGUAUUUAUUGAGUUA